GGGGCUGUCCUAUCUUCGAGCAGUCCAGGAGAAUGGCUCCUCCCUGAUGGCAUUCUGGUUGUGGCAAAAAUGAGCGACACUGUGUUCUUCUCCUUUGUUAUCUUCCUGGGCAGCCAUUGGGGCACAGAGCCCCUGUCUAUCCCUGUGAUUGAAGGUGUGGAGAACAAUUUUUCCUCAAGUUCAAAGCAUCUCAAAGAAGAUAUGGAUAGACUAUUUGACGAGAUCGUGCUGCAGGUGUAUCCCAGCAAUCUAGAUGAUGCACAAACAGCUGGCAGACUGAUCACGGGGAGAGACGUGAAUGAAACCUAUCUCCACCAUAAUGGCAUCAGCGAUUCUGAGUUUGAAUCAAGUUCACAUAAGCAAGAUGAAUACUUGGCUAAGAUAUUUGAUGAGAUUCUGUGGCAGGCGCUUUCUAAAGAUUCGAAAUAUUCAUCAAAAGAAGAUGCAGGAACAACUGCUGAGCCACUCACGUGGGAAAACUCGAAUGAAACUCACAUUGCUGAGAAUAAAGAACCAUCUCUAUUCGACAGGGACGUGAGCCCUCCAUUGACUGUUGAAGACAACGAAACGCUCCAAAAAAGCACCCGAGGUGCCUCCAGGGAGAGUCUGCCGUGCGGACAGCUGCUGAGCUUCCUGCAGAAGAAUAUCAUCUCUGCUACCGUUGCCAUGGCGGCAAUCCUCCUGGUGACGGUGCUGGUGGUGUUCACACUGGUCAUGUGUAAAAGGCGGAGACAGACAAAGUAUCCUCCAGCGAACAUGACAUACAAUAUUUUUAUAAUGAAUGGGAAGUCUUUGUGGCAAAAUUCCCAAGAUAAGCACCUCAAAAAAUUCAUGGGAAAGCAGAAGCCCCUGAAGUACAAUUCCUUCGUCUGAGCCGGUGGAGGGGCCAGCAAACUGCCACCCAGCCACUGCCAGAGAGUUCUUUUGUGCUACCCGGAUAGAAGUCCAAGGAUUUGAAGUGAACUCCCGACCUUGAAGCCCAGGAAGAAAAUGUGGCCAAGGGAGGAGCCAGCAGGUGGUAGACAACAACCCUGGGGCUGUGGUUUGAGCCCAGAGCUGGUGUCCUGAAGCCCAUUUCUGGAAUCUUCAUCCCCUCAUACAAUAAUUUCCAAACACUGUUC